AUGACUACCUUGGUCGACAAGGAAAAUGCCGCCCCCGUCGUCACGGCUACGAAAGACCUCGACAGGCAGGAACACCACGCCCCCGCCCCUCUCCUUGAGGAACCGCUGCUGAAAGAAAACCCAAAUCGCUUCGUCAUUUUCCCCCUGCAGUACCACGACAUUUGGGGAUUCUAUAAGAAGGCGGUCGCUUCUUUCUGGACAGUCGAAGAGGUCGAUUUGGGAAAGGAUAUGAACGAUUGGGAAAAGUUGAACGACAAUGAGCGCUUCUUCGUUUCUCGGGUGCUUGCCUUCUUCGCCGCGUCUGAUGGGAUCGUCAAUGAAAAUUUGGUCGAGCGCUUUGCCCAAGAAGUUCAAGUCCCGGAAGCGCGCUUCUUCUACGGGUUCCAGAUCGCCAUCGAGAACAUCCAUUCCGAGAUGUACUCAAAAAUGAUUGAGACCUACAUCCGAGACGAUAAGGAAAGGCAUAUGCUGUUCAAUGCCAUCGAAGAGUUCCCGUUCAUCAAGAAGAAGGCCGACUGGGCUCUACGUUGGAUUGCCGACCAGAAGUCUACUUUCUCGGAGCGUGUCAUCGCCUUUGCCGCCGUUGAAGGAAUCUUCUUCUCUGGAUCUUUCGCCGCCAUUUUCUGGUUGAAGAAGCGUGGACUGAUGCCUGGCCUCACCCAUUCCAACGAACUAAUUUCUCGCGAUGAAGGGUUGCAUAGGGACUUUGCCUGUCUGAUGUAUCGUCAUAUCAACAACAAGCUCUCCCAAGAAAGAAUUCACCACAUCAUCGCUGAUGCUGUCAAGAUUGAGCAGGAAUUCCUGACCGAGGCGCUGCCCGUCGACAUGAUUGGGAUGAACAAGAAGUUGAUGUCGCAGUACAUUGAAUUUGUUGCGGAUCAUCUGCUGGCUGAGCUUGGUUGUGAUAAGCUCUUCAACUCCAAGAACCCCUUCGACUUCAUGGAGAACAUCUCGAUCGAAGGCAAGACGAAUUUCUUCGAGAAGCGCGUCUCGGAGUACCAAAAGCCGGGCGUGAUGAGCUCCGAGGAGGAUCGUCAAAUCGAGUUUGAUGCGGAUUUU